CUCCAUUCAAGAUAACGGCGCCCAGCGAGUGAUCGCGUUAGAUGUCGCCAGUAUAACUUGUAACUGGAACCAGGAACAGACUAUGGAGAGGAUGAUUUACAAGCGCUUCAGUUUGGUGGUUCUUUUGACGGUCCUGCAGAGUGGCAUGGGUGAAGACUACGUGGUGGCACUGGCAUAUAGAGGCAAAUACUCGUACAUCAGGUACACAGCUGAAGAAACCGGGGGCCUGAUGGAGAUACAGUAUCCACACUUCGUCUACAGAGCAUCCAUUGAAGUGCGUCCUUUCAGUGGUGGUUCACGCAGUGUAACCGAUAAGAUGAAAAUCACUAGUGUUGUAGAAAAUACAGCUGUCGUUGUAAGCGGAAGUGACGAAGAUGUAAAUAUUCUGGUAGAAGCUGAUGGUUUAUUCUCUCCUCUUCCUGUAUCUGUCCUUGGGACCAAGUACUUUGUACCUUCCAGUCUUGCACCUAACAGUUAUUAUCGAUCCCUGCUACUGAUAACUACACACAACAUGAGCACUGAUGUUAAAAUAUUCUUUCAAAUGGGAAAAGGAAGUGUUUACGUUGUCAACUACGAAUAUGGUGACGGCGAUACUCUGUCCAUCAAACUUGAUCCAUAUCAAACGUUGAUGAUACACACCCCACAUGAUCUGAAUGGAACAGUAAUUAACAGUGAACACAAUGUGGCCGUCUACAGUGGUAUAGACUAUGCCUCGAAGUACACUGUGUAUGACCAACUACUGCCUGUCAAGCACCACGGACAGGAGUAUGUUGUUGCUGUAGAUGACACCAAGCUGGAGCUGCAGAUCAUCAGUGAGCACAGCCACGUGCACAUCACGUUCAGUACCGGGGCCACAGUCUCUAAUGGUGAGCGUCGUCUCUAUAACCGCACACUUGAACAGGGAGAGAGUCUUCACUUCACCACCACACGCCCGGUACUGGUGACACUCAGUAGAACAGAUGGUUACAGCAGUGCCUUCACAACUGUACCACCUGUACACUCUUACGUCACACACAGGGGUGUUUGGCUUCAAGGUAACAAUCUAAAUUCAACAUUAAAGAUAAUAACUGUGAAGACAGCGAGAGUGUUAAUUAAAAACAAACAACUAAACGAUCUUCUGACAUGGAUGGAUGUACCGGGCAGCAGAUACAAAGUUGGCACAGUGAAGUCAACCAAAGGGUAUACAUCUUAUACAUUCAUUUCCAGCGACAUCCCCUUCACAGGUCUGUCCUUUUAUAAUGGAUCGGUCCAUAACAUCGGCUACAAUUUGUCUGCAGAGGUAGCAGUGCAGUAUACAGGUGAAAGUUACUUGAUGGCAGUGGUGGAAUACGGUCCCUCCUCUUAUGAUCGUCCCCUUAUACUCGCCACUGCUGGGGAAACAGGAGGUCAGUGGCAGGUACAGGAUCCUCUCGCCGGGCGUGUCUGGUCUCGGCGCUUCAAUCCUUACAACACAGACUACUUUUAUCCUAAUACCACAACAACCAAUGUAAUGCUUGUGCAUGUGAGAGAUGAGGCUAUUCAGAUCAGUGGUGGAAUGACCCAUCACACAUUAUUCUCUCCCCUUCCUGUGUCCGCACUAGGCACCAAGUACAUCAUGUCUUCCUGUCUUCCUACUGACAACAUGUACAGAAACACAGGGUUCAUAGCAAUCUUAGUGAUAGCCACACACAGCAAGAAGACGGAUGUUGACAUUAUCUUCAGAUUGGAGGGCAACGUAACCUAUGACGACAGAACGUACAGCAACGGGGACACCCUCAGUAUGAGAUUAGAUAAGUAUCAGACUUUCUCCUUAAACAGUUCAUCUGAUAUGACCAGAACCAUUGUUAAAACAACGGAAACAAUAGCUGUCUACAGUGGAACAUACGAUAUGACCUACAAUGCCUUCUCUACCUACGAGCAGUUACUGCCUGUGAAACAUUAUGGAAGUGGGUAUAUUAUCGCUAUCCAAGAUCCUUCUUACCAUCGAAUGCAUAGGGUUACCCUGCCAUACCAACUUCAAGUUGUUACUGGCCACAGUGACGCAAGCAUCAUGUUUAAUAACGGUUCUUCCGUCUCUGUGGGUAAAGGUGGACUGUACCGUGAACAAUGUGGAAGUUUUGAAACAUUUUACUUCAACACCACAAGGCCAGCCAUGGUCACAUUGUGUACUAUUGGGACCUAUUAUAAUUUUCUUCCUGAUGGGUUAAUUGUAGUACCACCAGUGUCCCUCUACUCUAAACAAGCAACCCUAAUAGCCCAAGCUACCAGGACAAUAUUGACAGAUAAAGACAACAACAAUGUACACGUUCACGAAACCUCAAGCACUCUCUCUACAGUUUUGAGUCCCUCAAUCAAGUGGAAGGAAGUUCCAGGUACAAGAUACAAAGUGGGAACAUUACAAAGUGGUCAACACAUAACAACAAUUAGUUCAAAUUCUUCCUUUGCUGUCCUUGGAUACGGUAGAUAUGCCAUAUACAACGGAGGAUACAAUUUUAGGACAUAUCUUGAUGCAGCGACCUCUACGCCAGAUGGAAUUGGAAACAAGUUAAAUACAGGGGGUUCCUUACAAGCAGACAAUCCGACCAACGCAGCACUGAUCGUGGGAAUAAUCUGUGGGACUGUUAUUGUGGCUCUCCUGGUCGCCUUUAUAUCAUAUGUAUUCUACAUCCGCAGGAAGAUGAUGCCAGUUAAGAGAGCUGAAGCACAAGGCGCCGAUGCUCCCUCGACCUCCAAUAUCUACACGGUGCCUGACAGUGUCGCUGAAGGAGUAGCAGAUGAGGCCACCUACACGGAGAUUACAACUAACUGCACACCUGUCGACGUUAGCAUCGCUGACAGUUCUGCCAUAUAUGUCAAUUUCGAAGGCGGAAAAUAACUCGAAACAAUGCAAACAUGAAUUAGAACUGUUAUAGAAACCGAUUCUGAGACAUUUAGCUGUCUUAUUGUAAAUACAGUAAACUACGGUUAUAACGAACUCGAAGGAACCACUAACUUUAGUUUGUUAUAACCGUAGUUCGUUAUAAGCAUAUAUACAGCAUAACUAUAGCAAAUAGUCGGGACCAAAAAAUCAUUUCGUUAUAUCCGUCAGUUCGUUAUAAGCGUGUUCGUUAUAAACAUACUUUACUGUAGAUACAUUCUCUCAAACACACUGAGUAAACAUUCAUGUUAUAAAUGUACAUAUGUUUUAUUUUCAUAAGGAUAAAUCUUAAGUCGUAUUCAUGUGACUUUUAAGAGUUUAUUUAACAAUUAGGACAUGUAUCAGAAGGCACAAAGAGCUUUGAUUGUAUUACAUUUAAUUUCAAAAGGUAAGUACUGUCGUAUUAAGGUAAUGAAAUUGCAUCUGCUACAAUUUGAGUAAAGUACAAGGCAUCAACCAGGACAUGAUUCACGGACAUAGCUGCCCCCAACAACUGAAAUUUAUAUAACACAGAAUGAAACAUUUCAAUGUGUUCUUUGUCUUCAGGAACAAUCUCUGACCGUGCCAUUUAACUAAUAUGUUUUUAGAACUGUCAGAUGAGGGAGUAUUUAUUGAACGGGUUCCAGACCAAAUGUGGUUUUAUUUAUAUCAUCAUGUAAAGUAGGAUCAUUCACAGUACCGCUACAACAUGUUGAAGAUGGAAACGGUUUCUUUGUUUCGAUUUGCCAGUUGAUUAAAUCGGCAUCUGUGAAAGGCUGCUUUCUCUCACCAUAAUUAAUCAAAAUUGUUUUUGUGUAAAGGAGUAUCCCCGACCUCUACUCAUUGGAAAAGGAAGAAUGAAUUUCGGAAACAACAUUGUGAAGCCUCAUUUUAGUUUUUAGGGUACCAUUUCCCUCACUGGGCUACAAUUGUGAAUCUGGGUAUCGAUUUGACAGCAGUGGAGAUUUUAAUACUUUU